AAACAAUAAUUUUUCAUAAAAAUAUUAAAAUUUUAAAAACUUAUUUUAAAUUAAAAAGUGCGUUUUACGAGUGAGACAGCGUGAGUUUCGUAAAAAGCUAACGAAAUCAGACCCAAAACAGAAAUUUUCAACUAAAAGUACUUCGAAUUUCUGCGUGGUAGAAGCUCAACUGAAAAUAGACCGUUACAAAAAGCUUUAAACUCAACUGAAAUAAACCGUUACAAAAAGCUUGAAGCUCAACUGAAAAUAAACCGUUACAAAGAGCUUGAAAAUUUUUUGAAAAAAAAAAAAAAUAUUGUUUAACAAAAAAUUUCGAAAAAGCUUUUUUGCACCACUUUCAAGCUCAAAAAAUUGCAAAAAAAACUUGAAAGAUUGCUUAAAUUAAAUAAGCGAGCGCCCUUUACAUUGCACCGUGCGCCCAACGACCCUAGAGUUACAGACCCUUGUACAUUCCAUAACAAGUCUAGCGCAGAGUAAACACUGCGCGACAAGCGAGAGCAGCAAAAGCAGCUGACAGGCCGCGGUACGUGGGCAUAGGAAGAAGAAGAAACAGCAGCAGUAGCAGCAGCAGCAGAAGCAGCUCAAGUGCAAAUAUCAAGCGACGCGUUCCAUAACCAAAUAGACGCCUUAAAGUUGAAAGACACCAAUUGCCGUCACUGCCUAAUGGCAAGUUCGCUCAAUAAAACGAGACACAGGCGCAGAUUGACUGCGAUCUCGUUUCUAUCGAAUAUUUCAUUAGAUGGCACACAUCGGGAUACUAAAUUUGGAGCAACAAUUGGCAUUUGUGGCAACGCGGCUACAACGUACAACGCAACGGCAGCGGGAUUACAAAGUGGCGCAACGACUGGCGGCGGUAUCGGAUACGGCGGCAGCGGCGGCGGCGGCGGCAAACAGCAGCAUCAGCACCAACACUUCAACUACAAUCGCAAUAAUCGACAUCCACGGCAACAGCAACAACAACACCAUUACCAUCAACAUCACUACUAUACGCAACAUCAUGCGAAUGGCACAGGUUGCAAUGUGGGUAACGGCAACGCCGGCGGCACUGGCAUGGCUUCGGCCGCCAUGUAUCUCGCCAAUUGCGAUGAUGCGCACAUGGACCUCAUGGGUGGUGGAGGCGGCGGUAGUUGUUGUGGUGCUGGUGGUGAAGGCGGCGGCGGCACUGGCAGCGAUGGCUGUGCCGAUAGUACCGGCAGCGCCGAUGGUGAUGGGCAUUUUAGUGAAAUUGAAAAUAUGGGUCAACACUUGAUAAAUGCACGGCCAGGCAACGCUUAUAAGGGCGAUGGUGGCAAUACUAAAGCAGCAACAGCAACUGUCGCAGCCAGGUCGACAGUCAAGCAUAUGGAUAAAUCCGCUGGUGACUACGACAUCAUCAGCGGCAGCGAUGGUGGCGGCGGCAUCGGCGUUGGCGUUGGUGUUGAUGGUGCAACUGUGACUGAGAAGCGCAAUGUUAAGCGACCCACAUCGAGUAGUCGGCAACAGUGCAAUCAUAAUUGCAGGCAAACUUCUAAGCAUGGCACCAUGGGCAUUGCCAGCAAGCAACAGUUGGCCGGCGGUAGCGGCGGUUCGGGCGCCGAGAGCGGCAGCGAUUCGGAUAGCGUCAAAAUACCAAUGAAAGUUUCCAGUUUGGGUGCUGGCAUACUAAUGCCAUUGCGUGAAAGAACUUUCAGCAAUGGCGCCAACGAUGCCAAUAUCAUGCCGGAGCGUCGCGCCCGUCUUAACACGGCACCUGGUAUGCGUAUCGGCGUCGGUGUCGGCGGCAGUGCUGGUGGCAAGCGACCGUGCAACAUAAUACACGGUUCCACGCACAUAACCGACGACAGCAGUACGGAGAGUUUGACGCCCGGCAGUUUUCCGGGCAGCUUUACUGGACGCGGCAGCAUCAGCAAGAGUGUGCAGAUCAACGAUGCUAAGGACUUACGCAUACUCAAUGCACAAGCGCACAAACAGCAUCAGUACAAGGAUGAGCGUGUGGUGUUGACGUCACGUAAGGUGCCAUUCUUUAUAUUCUCGGCAUUGCCAUACUACAAGGGUAAAAAUGGCAGGGCCGAAUUACGCAAGGAAGGUCGUCGACGCAAUCCAUCCGGUUCGCGUCCCCUAUCCGCAAUCAACGAUGCACCCUUCGAUCCAUUCGAUUUGCUGGGCAUCGAAAAGGGUGAAAGUGGGCAAGAAAUCUCCUAUGGACAUCUACUCAUACCCACACGCCAUUAUGGCAAAGAGAGCAAGAGCAAGCAUGGCGGUGGCACAUCGGGCAACACAUCACUAUUGGAUAGUCAAAUCGAAAUUACGAGUACAGCAGCACUUAAAAAUCACGGCAUCGCCAGGACAAAAGUUAUAACCUGGCAAAAGGGAAAAUGGUGCUUCACUUAUGACAACAACAAUCGCAAUAGUACCGCAAGUCCGACACCGGAUCUUAAAUUGGAUUUGGAUGAUAGUUUAUUGUUGAAUGCAGACGGUACACGCGGCAUGCAGUUCCAAUAUUCCGCAAAUAUUUUGGAUGAUCCCGAAUUGAUUGCGGGCAAGCAUCGCACUUUGCUCACAUUCACGUCAUACAUGACAUCGGUGAUCGAUUAUGUGCGUCCAUCGGACUUGAAGAAGGAGUUGAAUGAUAAAUUCCGUGAGAAAUUUCCACACAUACAAUUGACGCUGAGCAAAUUACGAAGCAUCAAGCGUGAAAUGCGUCGCAUCAACAAGUUGGACAGUCGCAUUGAUUUGGUCACUAUAUCGCAAGCAUAUGUCUACUUUGAGAAAUUGAUCUUGGCCAAUCUAAUCAACAAGAGUAAUCGCAAGCUAUGCGCAGGCUCCUGUCUGCUGCUAAGCGCUAAAAUGAACGAUGUCAAAGGUGAAUCGCUGAAGAGCUUAAUUGAGAAAACCGAGAGCGUUUUUCGUGUCAAUCGCAAGGAACUAAUCGCUUCGGAAUUCGCCGUGCUUGUGGCAUUGGAGUUCAGCUUGCAUGUGCCCAUGCAUGAGGUAUUGCCGCACUAUCAGCGUUUGCUCUACGAAUCCUAGAAUUGGCCAAAACGCUUUGCCGAAAAGCGCUUGGUAGCGGUGACAUCGCGUUAUUACUUUCGGCAUCGCAAUAGCAGCAAGAAAUGAACGCGCUUGCGGCGAGAAGUAUAUGUGGCAAUCUAAAAUGGAAUUUUAAGAGCGGAAUAGUGCUUUGCUGGAAGACUUGAAGAAGUUUAACGAAUUGAUAUUCAAUUUGUUUGUGAGUCAGCUAGCUAAAUAUGUCAGCUGUAUGCAUUUUAUGUAUGAAGGAGUUAUUGAAAUAUGGAAAUUUC